UGAACCUGCGUAUCACCCAUCACUCUCUACCAGAGUAUCAGAGUUCCUAUCAAUCUUUACGAGGGAGAGAGGUUCAUGGUCGGGAGAGAAACGAUUUGGAUUUGGUUGGUUGGAUUUUUAGCUAGAGCACCGGAGGUGGGUCUACGGAUGCAAUCAUGAGGUGAAUGUGAGAGAGAGAGAGAUUCUUGGUCGGGAAAGAAAUGAAUUGGAUUUGGUUGGUUGGAUUUUCAGCUCAACAGUAGGGUCUAUGAACCCAAUCAUGAGAAGGAGAAUGUAACAGAGAGAGAGAGAGAGAGAGAGAGAGAGAGAGAGAGAGAGAGAGAGAGAGAGAGAGAGAGAGAGAGAGAGAGAUGGGUGGAGAGGAUAAUACAAAAAAAGGAGGGGUGAAGGUGGUGAAAUCCAGUCAAAACAGAGAAGAUGCAUCCAAAGGAAAAGGGCUAGUCUUCUCUUCUGCCAACACCAAUAAGAACAGAUCAGUAGGGACUUCUUCUUCUUCCAACAAGCUUCAGCUUCCUAAUUCCAAGAUUAAAUCACCACUCUCCCUUUCUAAACCAGAGGUGAAAGCGAAAACAACAACAUCCACUUCAUCCAAAACCAUCACUAAGACUGCAACCGUUAGAGCUAAAACAGCGAAGAAGGUUUACACGUUGCCCGGACAGAAACAUGAUCCUCCUGAAGAGAGAGAACCCUUGAGGAUAUUCUAUGAAUCACUGUCGAAACAGAUACCCAUGAGUGCAAUGGCUGAAAUUUGGAUGAUGGAACAUGGCUUGCUAUCACCUGAUAGAGCGAAGAAAGCAUAUGAGAGAAAGCAAAAGAGGCAGCAACAACUGAGGAUGGGCACUCCAAUCAAAUCCUCAAAAACAGAGAGACCACCUACUCAAAAACAGCAGCAGUACUCAAAGAACAGUGACUUCAAGACCAAGAAGAGAAUCAACUACAGCGACAGUGAUGAUGACUUCCUUGUAAAACGUAAGAAAGGAAAAUGGUAGGCUAAAGUCUAACCACCAUAUUAAUGUUAGAUGAUGGCAGAGUGUUGUAGGUUAAUUUAUCACCCUAAGCUGAGACUGCCAAAAGGCUGUUGCAAUUGAGGCAUGCAGACAUUCUUUAUAUUCUCCAACUCAUGGCAAUAAUCAGAUAACUCUUCAAUUCUUCUUUA